CUUUCUCACUCCAGAUGGUUUAACAUGGAUAUCACAGGGACAGAUCUUGCUGCCAGCAUUCUUUUCACUUCCCAGUCUUUGAUUUUGGCUGAGCUCGGGCUGAAACUUGGCGUUAAGAGUGCCUUUGUUUUGUGCAUCUUCCAUAUAUUGCUAUGUGAGGAAAAGCAAGUGAAAAUGGAGACCCAAUCCAGGUGCAGAGAAGUUGUAUUUAGAACGUCACCUGUAACCUUCUGCAAAACCAUUCGAGCUACUGCUAAUUGUCUUCGUGGUGACUCUACUUCUUUCUCAUGGCUCUCAGCUUCACCGCUUCCGUGGUUGAGGAAUGGCAACAGAUCGACGAGAAGUUCCAGGAAUUGUAGUCCUGAGCAGCCCAUUUACAAGUAAAGCGCAGCAUAAUUUGGUGUGCAAGAGCAUCCAUGGAAAAAAUCUAAAAAUCGUAUUGGAGCCCACCAAAAGUUUUGAUCCAAAUCGCAUCAUCGAAAUUAUUGGAUCGUUUGGAACCCAUGACCCGCAUCUUCAAUGGUGUCCUGGUAGGAAGAUAUUGGAAUUCACAGUUAAUGACUUGGAUUUUGUAAUGAAAAAUUCUGUCCGGGAUCAUUGAGAACCAUUAGCUAGGAAGUAGACACUUUAAUAACGUGAUUAUUUGACGCUGUUAUGUUUGAACGGCUAAUUGAGAUGUUUAAAAUUAUGGUUGGUUUAUUC